UUUAAAAAUUAAAUAAAACCAAAGAAAUAUAUUCACUGUAAUUUGGCAUACAAAUAAUUUAUGUGAAGUUUUUUUGUAAAUGUGAACAAGUUGUUGUUAAAUGCCGCAUCGCGUUUUUUACAGCUGCGCUUAGGCGCGCUAAGCGGCUGAAUCUGGCGCGAAAUUUGCGGUAAUUCGCGCGCGUAAAUGCCGACGGCGCGUCCCGUGCGCUACCCGUCAGCUGCGUACGCCCUCGACCGCGUGCCUAGCGGCGUCGUCUUCUCCAGGUUGUGGUCCUCAUUCGGCAGCGCGAUGUCGUCGUCCCCUUCGCCGUGCAGCCCACCGAUCCGAGAUCAGGCUUACUACCCGUGGAACUGGCACGAAGUCGCCGAAGCCGUCGACCUGAAGAGCCCGCGCGCCGGCACUGCCGCAGUGGUCGCGGGGCGUCCCUCGUCGCCGCAGACGCCGAGCACUCCGCACGGAGGAGCUGACGGCCAACGUCGCGGUCGCCCGAGGCUCGACACCAUCACGUCUCUGAUUCGCGAAGGUUCCUCAUCGCCCAGCAACAUCAAGUGCAAGGUCUGCAACCGCGUGUUUCCGCGCGAGAAGUCGCUGCAGGCACACAUGCGGACGCACACGGGUGAGAAGCCGUACGUCUGCGACUUUCCGGGCUGCAAGCGAGCAUUUGCACAGAGCGGCCAGCUGAAGACACACCAACGUCUGCACACAGGCGAAAAGCCCUUCAUCUGCUCUGAACCAGGAUGCAGCCAGAGGUUCACCCACUCAAACCGUCGCUGCAGCCUGCAUCCGUUUGCAGUUCUUCGACGUGACGAUGCCAGCACUGCUGGGGUCGACAACGCAGAAGACAAGCAGGCCAACUGUGAAAACCAAAACGAAGCAGUGACGCUGUGGCUGAAAGGUCGCUCGAAGCAGACGCACGACGGUACGGCAACACCGAAGGCACGCCAGCUGAAACGUGAACUGGACGCUCAAGCAUGCAUCGACUCUGAGGAGCUGCUGCAGAAGAAGAAGUUGGCCCCGUCCUCGCGACGCGACAUGAUUGGUGCACUCGCGCUCAUCGAGCUCUCGAACAAGGGCCACGGGGACGGCUGUGCUCCCGCCGCCAUCGUGGAGAGGGUAGAAUCCGUUCCUGCCUACACAGGUUUUUCCAUCGAAAUUGACGACAGGCCACUCGAUCUCAGCGUGUCUCGGUACUACAGUUGCGACAGCUAGCUGCAGUGGGGGCUGUCGACCUUGACCCAAGGCAAUGUGGAUGCCCCAUGAUCUCAUGUUAACUCGUGUUGUAUGUUUCCGUUUGAAGGUCCCAAGUGGUCCAUGACAGAAAGCGCAAACUAGAGUGGAACACGCUCACAAGUCAUAUCUUUAGUUUUCUGGCCCUGUCCCAGUUUGUGCUUUCCAUCAUGAGCAUUUACCAACCAGCCCUAUCUUGUCACGUCCUUACACAGGUGGACGAAAUGGUACAGAAACUUACUGUAAAUGUGAAUGUUCCAUCCACUUUGUCGCUUUGUAUCUUGCUCUCCUUGGUAAGAGUCACCUGGGAUGGUUCACGGUUGUAAUACUGAAGAAUGAGGAAACUCGGAAUGCGUUUUAAGGAAGACCGCUGGAGCUUCAAAGAAUUGUGACAUUUAGGAUGUGCUGGUACCUUGCGGAGCAGCUUGUUCAAGUGCUGGGAAAGACAGUGAUGCUGCUUAGGCAGCACGAUGUCGCAAAGUCUGAGACCUAAGUAAGCAAGCACAUGCUGCUUAUGGACAUCAUGCCAACCUUAACUCAGGUGGCUUGUGCUUGAAUGCUGUUGCACUGCAUCCUUUAUAUUUUCCUUUAGUGUCUCUUUAGGCACCUAUCCAUCCAUUCUGCAAUGUGUGGGAAAAAACUGAGUAGAUCAGUCGUUGUAAAUAGUCGAAGUGGCAUUGUAGCUGCCACUUAAACCGGUAGAUUGCAUUGUUGCUGUCACUGCCAGCAGAAUUGCAAUAAGUGCUCAAACUCAGUUACAAGUAUGAAGUUGUUGCCAGCAUGUACUGCGAAGUUCCUUUAAGCACGUUCCCGCAUGCACUAUUUGACGAGAGUACUCACUUCUUGCCUUGCCUUUUCCCAUCACCAAGUUUGCAAAAAUUUACCACCGGAGAAAGCAAGCCAUGUGAUCCAGGCAUUCGCGUUUUGUUCUCUUUAGAAGUCGCCAAUUUCUCAUUCUCAUUAGGCAACAUCUGCCUAAUGCGGAGAAGCACUUGUUCUUGUAGACAGAUUUUUUUUUUUUUUUUUUAGGUUUGAUUCUAGUCUGAAUGUAUUCUUUGACGCGGCUAUGACGAUACAUCUGUUAACAUACCAAGUUACGUAGGACUUCUCGUGCCACCCAAAAACUCCUGCUGUCGCAGCGCAUUUUCUCAGAAAGCACACUCGGCUCCUUUAUGCAAGUGAUUCGUUUCAAGUUUGACAAAGCACAGCUUGAAAUGUGCUUGCUUCUCAUGCAUUAGUGGCAGUUAGCAUUGGGCGUGAUUUAUUGGCACCAAAUUCAAAUGGGGCUUGACAACAUAACUGCAGGAGCAAUGUCAAACUUCAGCUAGUAGUGUUUAUUAUACAGCGAUGCUCAUAACAUCCAUGAAAAUCAACUUGCCAUUAUGACAGUGUGCCACUAUUUUUGCAUAGGAACACGUGCUUCCCGCAUGCGCAAUCAGCCAAAUCUUUAACAAUUAAUAAUCCACUUAUCGUGCGGACGAAGAAGUUGCAGUAUAGCAGACGAGAAAGAGGACGAGCUGUGCCCUGGCCUGCAAUUUUUGUUGUCAUAGCGCCACUCGCUGUUGCCUUGUAAAUAUUGUGUGUAAAUCCUUUUUGGCAUCUCCCCGUAACUUCUUUGGCAGAGGUGCAGUGUAUCGAUCCCUGUACCUCUAGCACGCUGUGUCGGCGCCGUCUAACAGAAGCAGCAAGGUCAACAACAUUACGUACUAACGUAUAAAGCACUCUUCAGUGCAAGCGUCAUCUGCUCCACUCUUCCCUUCAGGGAUGCACAUGCCCUGCCUUUGUCCUGCUCGUGUGACAUUGUUAAAGAUUUGGCUGACUGCACGCAAUAAAAUUGCUAAAAUAAGGAUCUUGUUUUUACAGCAAGACCAUUGAUGGCAUGCUAGUGCAAAUACUAUAUCACUUGUUUGGACACACCAACAUUGAAUUUAUACAACAAUGUGCUGUGACGAAUGCAUAUUUAUGAGCGUUUCAGCAAAGUAAAGACUGCAAGCGUUGCUGAUUUGGUAACGAUUCACUUCGAUGGUGUUCACAGCACGCACAUGUUCCUUUUUACUUAGAUGUGUGUGCAAUGUGAAUAGCAUUGAAAUGAUUAGUAAAGACAAGUUGAAAGUUGGUGCUUAUAUUCUUUCUGGAUUUGGUGCCAGUAAAUCAUGCAUUGCUGAUCUUGUAACCAACUAGCAUGGCUUUCAUUAUUGCUUUGUAUUUACACCAAUCAUCGUCUCAACAAAUCUGUCUCACUUUCUGAAGCAUCUUAUCUGAUCACCCGUAUCAAAUGAAUGUUGCUUUACACUGUCAACAGACCGAGAGUGUAUUGUUGCAGCCGAGCAUGACAAGUCCUUGUGCACCUGUCUGGAAUGCUCUUCAUGAGUCGCACGAGCCUGAGUGCGAUGAUCGUGUAUCGAAAAUGUCAUGUUACCAGUGGCAGCUGUCUUGGACCUCGCUGCCAAAACAUUGUGUAUAGCAUCCCACUCUCAUUGUAUAAAUCAUCAUCGUGGUUGCAUUACGGCACAGUGAUCUCGGACACUGCGUGUAAUUGUGCCUGGAGCUGACUGCAAGUCCACAGUGACGGUCGUAUUGUGAGGCACUGAUUAUAACUGUUUUUUGUCAUUGUUGCAGGAAUCCGUCCACUGUAUGGAAUAAAAAGUAGCGGCCAGAACUUUUUAGAUGAGAAAUUUUAUUGUUUCAGUGUUAAUAAAAAUCAUAUGACCAGAUGCUCUUUCUCCUUUCUCGUACUCCUACAAUGACAACACUGAGGAAUUACAUUUAUUUAUUUACGGUACCUUGCAUGCCCCAUAGAGGGAGCAUGGGUAAAGGGGUUACAGAAACAGAUAGUUGUUUAUUGAUCCAGACAUGUACUACCUACAUAUUGAAGCUGGAACACAACACAUCAACUAAUAAACAUUAAAAUAUAUGAGUGGUAUAACUAUAACAAAUACGCAUCAUCAAUACACAAAGAGCCAAGAAAUAUGCGCUCAUUACUACAUUAGAUAGUUAAAAAAUACCAAGACAACUGUCGUGUACAACAGUAGAAAUCGGUGGCAAUCGUUAUACAUUUUUAGGAAGCAUACAGCUGCUGCAUUUCCCGAAAGGACACUGGAUCGGGUAGUGAACUGAUUUCACCAGGAAGUCUAUUCCAAAGACAGAUAGCAUGAAGAAGCGUAGAUGAAUUGAAAGACUGCAUGCGACCUGAUAAGAGACUACAGCUUAAGUGAUUGUGAAGCCAGCUAGACAUGCGCGAUUGGGUUUGCAACGGGAGACGAAAUGACCAUGAUUUAUAUACUUAUAAAAAAGACAUUAUGGCAAGAGAACUGUGCAUUUCCAAAGGCUCAAGGAAAAUGCGUUUAAUUUUAGUGAUGCUGGACUGUCAUUCGUACCUGCGCGUUACGAACCGGGCUGCUCAGUAUUGAACUGCUUCUAUAGCUGAGAUUAGAUAUUCCUGAUGUGGGUGACCAAAUGGACGAGGCAUAAUCGAGCUGCAAGCGAACAAACGACAAGCAACUUUCUGAACAUUAUAUGCGCAGCUGCAAUAGUUGCGGCAUAACAAUCCGAGAGUUUUAGUAGCUUUCGCAGUUAUCAGUUUAAUAUGGGUGGACAAAUGAUAGGUUAGAAAUAAGGUGAACGCGAAGAUAAUGAUACAUAGAUGCACGAGGAACUGGAGCAGUAUUUAUGACAUAGGAGGAAUCGGAGGUUAUUUUCUUGCGGCUAAUGGUAAUAACUUUACAUUUGGAAGUGUUAUGUGCCAAGAAACAGCCCUUCCGACAGACAGUCACAGGUAACAGCAAAGUUGUAUUCAGAAAGCAAUGUAUGUAGCAUGCCAUCAUAAUCACAAUCGGUAAACGUUUUAGGCAAACAGUUCUGUGUACGAAAUCCAGGGUAUGACGGAAUUCCGUCUGGUCGGGAAGAGGCAGGAUGAAAACAGAUAACGCUGACGAAGAAAAAAUAUGUGAAAAAUUAAAAGCUGUUUCGGUUCACAGCACGGGAGUCUUGCUCGCCGUGUGGGAGUCACAAUGUCUCCUUAUUUUUCACUAAAUAUUUUUCUUGGUCGGUGAUCUCUUUUCAUCACUGUUCUAUGUAGAAAUGACGUGGGGAAAAUGUGGAUUUAAACAUUGGUGCAGCACUAUAUUUCACAGACCUUCCAGGCAUGGUCGCUGGGACAUGACAAAAUGUGUAGGUAGAAGGUAGUAUUCUUUCUGUAUUCCCAACCUUUUCAAAGUAUAUUUGCAGAAAGAACAAUCGUACACACUCACUCAAGCCAGAGCUCGGCAGUUGCCACAGCUCGACGAAUGCAUGCACUCCAACACAUCUGCAUAUGUGUUUGUGAGCCCCGCAGAGAAAAUUAGCCCCUGUCACUCUUAUGUCUGAGUGAAGGAACAAGAUUCCAAUCACCAGAUGCACCAUAGGAACUCCAAACCUUAAAUUCUAGCUGCCUUGAUUUCUAUGUCCACGAUUUCUAUAGUAAAAUGCCACUAGUAACUUCAAUGCCAUGCCCUUGCGUGCCACCAAUAACUGUAUGACUAAGCAAAUCCUUAAAGGCUAAGGUAUUUCUACUGUGAUGCUCAUUUGGCCCGAUGGCAAAAUUUAUGAUGGCCCGUUCUAUGGCAAUCCACACAGGAAUCAACUUGCACAUACCAAAGGCCAAUAGUAAUAAAGAUGAAAAGCAUACCAAAAAAAAAAUUACAGAACUCGUCUCAGGAUGACUAUCGAUAGCAAUGCAAUUAGCAUUCAAGCAAUGUAGUGACGGACUAUAUUUCUGACGUCACGUUUAUUUAAUAUCUCUAGCGAUCAUUCUUAGACUUUCAUUGCUUCGGCUAUAUGCACCAUACUAUGGUAUCAUCUCACUUUGCCAUGGU